AUGGCCCUGGGCCUCUGGCAAAACGUCAGCCCACUGCGUUGGCCGGGAAUCGAACCCGGGUCAACUGCUUGGAAGGCAGCUAUGCUCACCACUAUACCACCAACGCCACGCGAAGUUUAUUGUCCGGUAACCUCCGAGUACUCGCUCCAGCGUGUUGCCGGCCCGUCUGCCAGGUGCAGCCCUUCCUUGAAGCCGUGCCCACCUGUGCGCGGCUCCGCGCCGCCACAGCGCCACCUGCGGUCGCUCGUCGUCCACGGAGCCCAGACUUUCUCCAACCACCCUCUCUGCUCCGCGGACACGUACUGUCGUCGGCCGUGCGCCACCAGCAGGAGGCCGCGAUUCUGCCACCGAUGUCCUGGUUUGUAUAGUGAUGAGUCUCCCCGCCUGUCACGAGGGAAACUAGGGAGGCCUACAUUUUGUGGCUUCUGCCGCCAAGCACCCGGCGCCCGCUUUCUGGCCCAGUUGCCAGUGCCCUGCCCCGCCCUGCCCUCUGCCCUCUGCCCUCUGCCCUCCAUCGUGGCCUUUGGCGCCUUCCGCUGCUUGUAUGAAAAAGCUUUCUCACCCAAGUAUCUGCAGAACUGGUCUCCUGCCAAGCCAACAAAAGAGAGCACCUCUUCCUAUGAAGGCUACACUCAGAUUAUCGCCAAUGAUCGUGGUCAUCUGUUGCCUUCAGUGCCCCGCUCCAAGGCAAAUCCUUGGGGUUGCUUCAUAGGUACCUGGCAAAUGCCUCUGAAGAUACCCCCCGCUCGGGUGACUCUGACCUCCCGUACAAUUGCUGGUGCUGCCUCCCUCACCAAAUGGAUACAGAAAAAUCCUGAUUUGCUCAAGGCCUCCAAUGGACUACGUCCUGAAAUCUUAGGCAAGGCCCAUGAUCCAGAAAGUCAGAAGAAACUCGGGAAGAAGACUAUCACAAAGACUGUACAACAAGCAGCAAGUACAACCGUAAUCCCGAACUCCCCAGCCACAAGCUGUAAUUGCCCCAAUCAACUGCAAAGCCCACACCCCUCUGCAGGUCACACUCCAGCUUUCCAAAGCCCACCCAACUCUCCUAAGAGCCCACCUGGAAGUCCCUGUAUGCCAGAACACUGGGAAGGUCCUGAUCUAGCCGAGGUCCCAAAAUGCAAACCUGGAACUCCAGAAGGGACUAACAGCCACACUGAGAAAACCUGUCUAGAGACUGAGUAAAGUAAGCAAGACCCCCAGUCAGGACUGUGAAAACAGGGAAAUCACGGGGUGGGAGCAGAGGCAAAUUCAGAAAAUAAACAUUGUUGAAUCUU